AAAGCAAAAUAUUGGGGUCGGGAAAGGGGCGCGGGGUCGACAUUACAAUUCAAGGUUUUCAAUGAAAGACGGAAUGAAGGAUUGCUAAUAUCAUUGCUUCCAUCUUUGGUUCUUCUGGUUGUCUUCAAAGCUUAUUGCUCAUGGCUCCGUUUGCUUGCUCGCAUCAAGUUUUCUGCGGAAUUUCUCGCUUUAGUGUUCUCCCAUCCAAUUUGCUCUAACCCAAUUGGCAAAGGCAAAUUUCAUCCGUCGGGUAUUAGCUGGCACUGACAGGGUGCGUUAGGAAGACUUGUCUAAAUUAUGAUAAUUAAUAAUAAUAAAAACCGCAACUGCAAGCAAUGAAAGCGAGUAGACAAAUCCUUCAUCUAACCCAGUAGAAAACUCCAAUUGAUGACUGAUAUCGUGUGGACCCCCGUCUUUGAUUUCCAGGCAACCGUGUUUAUCCUACUGUUUUUAGCUUCCUUACAGGCGAAGAGAAGCUCCUCUUAUAACUCUCUCUCUUUCCUCUCUCAGUCUUGAUUUGAAGAAAAUGGAAGAGCCUCUGCUCUCAGGCGAAGUUGAAGAGAAAAAGAGGGAAAAAUGGAGUUCGUACGAGUACGUGGGCAGAACUGGUUCCGUGUUCCCAACCGCUUCGUUGGCCGGAACGGAAAUUAACAUCGAUGAAAUUCGAUCGGCGGCAGCAUCUUCCGAUUAUUAUCCACCUAUCCAUGCUGCCUUGAUCAGUUCACCCGAACCCGUGCCUAGUGAGCAAGUUGUUGUUUAUCAGGGUAGAUUUGGACAAGGUCCAGGUGGAAACACCAUUGGGAGGCAAAUCCUGGAUGAAGUAGAGAUACGGGAGUUGCUCAUCGAUCAUGUUGGUCAUCGUUGCUGUUGGGGAAGUCGUCCAGCUCGGACCUGGAAGUUACAUGCAGUGGAAGACUGUAAUGUUUAUGUGGGAACUCUGGAAACAUUUAUUGAAGAAAGGGAAACUAUGACAGAAAAGGAACCAUAUUUUGGUGGUAAAAUUGAUGGGAAAGACAAAGAACCUGAACUUGGAAUAUGGGAAUUGGACCUCAGGUCUGAAUUCCCUCUUCUCUUUGUACCACAGAAAGAAACACGGACCAGAAUUCCUCAUUCAGAAGCUAUUAAGAACUGCCCAGGUUGUGGGGGACGAGGACAGUAUCCAUGUCCUACAUGUAAUGCUGACCAAGAACCUGGAUUUUACAAGGAAAACCAAAUGACUCAGUGCCCUGCUUGUUAUAGUAGAGGUUUGAUAGCACACAGAGAUGGAUCUGAUACUAUAUGUAUGAAGUGCAAUGGCAAGGGAAAGCUUCCUUGUGUAACUUGUGGAUCUCGUGGGCUAAUGAAAUGUGAAGCGUGUCAUGGUGGAGGCUCCCUUCUCACACGCAAUGUUGCCAUUGCUCGAUGGAGGACACUUUCGACCCGUAAAGUGAGUGCAACAAGUGGUGCAGGCUCAGUUCCAGAUGAGGUCUUUCACCGGGCCAGAGGGGUCGAACUAUGCAAUACACAGGCAUACCAAUGCACACCGGCCUUUUUUGCUGAUUCGUUCUUUCUCAACAAGUUCUCUUCCGAUGUCAUUGCAGAUAGGGCUCCUGUUCCUCCCACAGCAAGGGUUAUAUGUGAAAGGCAUUCCAUAUCUGUUGUGCCAGUUACUCGCGUCACCAUGGCCUGUCGCAACCAGUCUUUCAGUUUCUAUAUCAUUGGGCUUAGCCGAGAGGUGUACCUGAAGGACUACUACCCAGCUCGAUUUUGUUGGGGACUCUGCCCUUGCUUGGAAUGGUUGAGACUAUAGUUAAGUUCGUUGCACAGUGGAUUUUGGAUUACUUGUAUUUUCUUUUUCAUGCUUUCAUAAUUCUGAAUCUGGAUGGAUGCAUGCUGUAGUCUUUUUCAUGUCUGGUUGGACUCACAAAGUAUACAAGGUUGACUGUAUUGUUAUUUUUCCAUUACGUAAAUAAUGGCCUUGAAGCGAGGCUAGCUUUCUAAA